AUGUUGCACAACACAUUUCGACUCUUCGAAGGAACACCUGUCACCAGCGCCCGUCUUCCAUCUUUUCACUCAUCCCUCGCUCGUUUCCCUUGCCCUUUCUCCCUCCUUCCCUCCCUCCGUACCCUACGAUUCGGGAUCGCCAUCCCCCUCCCUCCACCGCCGCGUCGUGGCGCCGUGCGCAUGGCGACAGUGGACGUGCAUGAUUCCGGGGAUCUUCCAGCGCAACACCACGGUCUACAGGUGCGCUGCCCUUUCCUCAGUGCUUGCCCCGCCAAUCCCUCCCGCUGUCGCCCUCGUCUGCUCGGCCCCGUCAAUCAACACCUCCGGGGCUCAUACGACUUCGAGGAGCAGUUCGCGAGGGCGCACGCGGGCGCCAUCUUCACGUUCGACCCCUUCCUGAAGCCGGCGGUGGAGGAGCAGAUGCGCGACCUGCCCUUCCUGAGCUUCCGCGCCAUCGGGCUGUCCGGCGAGGCGGACCUGCAGACGUACCGCCGCAAGAACCCCACGAAGCUCUUUGUGACGCUGGCGCGCCUGCUGGCGCUGAUGAACCACACGUACGUGGACGUGUUCAAGAUCGAUUGCGAGGGCUGCGAGCUGGAAGUCAUCAAGGACAUGACUGCUUCGUAUGGCUCCCAGCCCGCCAAGCUCGCCAUCCAUGGCGGUGCGCUGCCGUUUGGGCAGAUCCUCAUGGAGUUCCACCAGUAA